AUGUCACGCACGAAUGACGGAGGUCACGGCCUUCUCAUGAUCGCUGCUAUCGGAGGCUCUGUACUUAUCCGCAAGAACCUGAUCGCCAAGGGAAUAGAUGUGAAUACGCAGUUUGGAGCCAGAGACUAUGGCAACGCCCUUGUUGCAGCGGCACACCACGGACAAACAAACACAUUAAGCGGCGAAUACGGUAGCGCUCUAGCGACGGCAGCGGCCAGGGGCCAAUUUGAAAAUGUCAAUGUACUGGUUGAGGCCGGUGCCGACGUCAACCAGGCGAAUGCGACCGCAGGUUAUGGAAGCCCGCUGAUUGCGGCCGCAUCCCUCGGUCACAAGAACGUUGCCGAGCGCUUGAUCAAAGUCGGAGCGAAUGUCAGUCUCAGUUUGGACAGCGCGUCUUUCAAGACCGCUUUGGAGGCUUCUCAGGCACCCAUCUCGGAGGCUGAUGUCAACCGGAUCCGAGAUUAUUGGAACGAGGAAGAAUUCAUUGCUAAUGAGACCGAAUCUUUGAAGGAAAAUAGAGCUGCUGUGGGUGAGCUUCUCCGAGAGCAUGGAGCAUAA